AUGAACACUCUUCAUCCUGCUCCCACUCAGAGAUUCGUUUACUUGUCUAUCAAUGCUCAUUCAAUUGCUUUUCCUAAUUAUCCAAUCACUUGUGAUGGUAAUAUUCAGUCUCUUACUGUUGUUAAUCUCAUUACUUUACUAACAGUAUUGUCUGAUAUAGAUGACAUGAUUCAUUCUCAAAACUCUAAACACUCCUCAUCACUGCCUUUGUCUGUAACCACUCAGCACACUAAUCUUUCCAAUACCAUUAUUCAGCAACCACCACUUCCUACUUCAACUCAUUCCAUCUCAUCUGGAUCUAAUCUUAAAGAUCAAAAUCCUUCCAACUCUAACUUGGAUGGUCUCGAGUCUAAGCUACAUCAUUCGGAUCACACUAAAACCUUGCAGUCCACUGUCACUGCUUCAACUAAUAAACGAGACUCGGUGUCUGCUCGAAAGGUUUCUGUCUUGCUACCUACUUUGUCCAAACCUCACUCUGGCAAGCCAACAAAACAGUUUGUUUCAAAAGAGUCGUCACUCACUAAAAUACAAAAACAUUCCCCUAAAGAAUCCACUACAAAGAGCAUUCCAACUCUCGAUUCUUCCAUCGAGAUUAAACAAAGUCGUACAAUAAGAGACUCUGCACUUCAAAAGGAUCCCUAUUCAAAUGAAAAGUCGCAAAAAAGACUUGCCGAGAGUGAGUCUGGAUCGAUGUGUGUAGAUGUGCGUAAAAAGAAGAAACACAAGGGUCGCAAGGAUCGUCGAGAUCUCUCUAAAGAUGCAUUGCUUCCAGCUAUCGAAUCUAUUCAUCUCGUAAAUCAAAAUCUAAAGCGAUUUUCAUGUUUCGGAGAUGAAGCUGGUGCUGCAUUGGAAAAAAUGAAAACCAUUACGUUGGAGUACCCUGGCGACGGUGCACAUGAAGUAUAUGGACUUGCUGUUCCCUCUCGAUCCACUCAAAAUGAACACAACCCUAUUCAAGACAUAUACUCUACAACUCAAAUGAUUGCACAGUAUUGCAUCAGUCAGGAACACAAGUCUCUUUUUGGAGAUUCUAAAAGCGGGAUUAUUCGCCACAUCAUUAAAGCGUGUCACAGGCGAGAUCCAAAUGCUCUUGAAUCUGCUAUUGCUGAUUACAAUAGAGUCAUGAUUCGAUUGAAAGACAAAGGCGUAUUUGAACAAGAUGAAAUUAGAGGUCCACCCGCCUCGUGUGAACUGACAACACAUAUACUUGAGCAAGCGUACGGAUUUUCCAACAAUGUUUAUGGUGAAAUCAAGCAUUCAUUUGUGCGAGAUAUCAUCAAGCAUGCAGAUAUUCAACCCCAUCACACUUUUUUAGAUAUGGGGAGUGGUAUUGGGAAUGUGAUUCUGCAAGUUGCUGCAGAAUGUUUGUGCGAGUGCUAUGGUAUUGAAAUCAUGGAAACUCCCAGUGAACUAGCACGAAAACAAAAACAAGAGUUUUUAUCUCGUAUGAGAUACUAUGCCAAACCAUGUGGAAGGAUUGUUGUAAAGCAAGGUAAUUUCCUAGAUGAUGCCGAGAUCCAUGAAGUGAUCAGCCGAGCGGAUGUUAUUUUUGUCAACAAUUAUGCUUUUGAUGCAGAACUUAAUCUGGGAAUAAUAGCCAAAUUUCUGGAUCUAAAGGAGAGUGCCAAAGUUGUGUCGCUAAGAAGUUUUGUUCCAGUAGAUCGACGUCCAAGUUUAAGACGAAGUAAUGCAAUUGAAUCGAUAUUUACAGUAAAAGAGUAUCAUUUUGCAAAGGACAGCGUAUCGUGGAUGGUAGAAGGAGGAAGUUACUACGUGCAUACAGUGGAUCGUAGUCAACUGGCUGAUUUUGAAUAA